AAGCGAAAUGACAUUUCCUCUUUAAAUAGCUCGAACCGGGGCCGAUUGAGAAAUGGCCGCGUCGGCAGAUUUAAGUAAGUCUUCCCCAACGCCGAAUGGGAUUCCGUCUGCAGACCCUGCCAGUGAUGCCAUGGACCCCUUCCAUGCUUGCAGUAUUCUUAAGCAACUCAAAACAAUGUACGAUGAAGGGCAGUUGACAGACAUUGUAGUGGAAGUGGAUCACGGGAAAACAUUUUCUUGUCAUAGAAACGUCCUUGCUGCGAUCAGCCCCUACUUCAGAUCCAUGUUCACCAGCGGCCUUACCGAGAGCACACAGAAAGAAGUGCGCAUAGUGGGUGUCGAAGCCGAAUCGAUGGAUUUAGUCUUGAGCUAUGCCUACACCUCCCGAGUUCUGCUGACAGAAGCCAAUGUUCAGGCCUUGUUCACCGCAGCUAGUAUCUUCCAGAUUGCUUCCAUCCAAGACCAGUGUGCUAAAUAUAUGAUUAGUCACUUGGAGCCACAGAAUUCCAUCGGGGUCUUCAUCUUUGCUGAUCACUAUGGUCAUCAGGAACUCCGAGAUCGCUCAAAAGAAUACAUUCGUAAGAAGUUUCUAUGUGUCACCAAAGAACAGGAGUUUCUUGAGUUGACAAAAGACCAGCUCAUAAGCAUACUAGACAGUGAUGAUUUGAACGUAGACCGAGAAGAGCAUGUUUAUGAAAGCAUUAUAAGGUGGUUUGAGUAUGAACAGAACGAGAGAGAAGUGCACCUUCCGGAAAUUUUUGCCAAAUGCAUACGUUUUCCUCUGAUGGAAGAUACCUUCCUCGAGACAGUUCCACCUCAGUUUGCACAGGCCAUUGCCAAAAGCUGUGUAGAAAAGGGACCUUCUGGUACCAAUGGCUGUACCCAGAGGCUUGGAAUGACUGCUUCUGAAAUGAUCAUAUGCUUCGAUGCUGCCCACAAACACUCAGGAAAGAAGCAAACGGUGCCUUGUCUAGAUACAGCCACAGGAAGGGUUUUUAAACUAUGCAAACCACCGAAUGACCUGAGAGAAGUUGGGAUUCUUGUGUCACCGGACAAUGACAUUUACAUAGCUGGGGGGUACAGGCCCAGCAGCAGUGAGGUCUCCAUAGACCACAAGGCAGAAAAUGAUUUUUGGAUGUAUGAUCAUACUACCAAUAGAUGGAUAUCCAAACCUUCGUUGCUUCGGGCCAGAAUAGGCUGCAAACUGGUAUAUUGCUGUGGUAAAAUGUAUGCUAUUGGAGGCCGUGUUUAUGAAGGCGAUGGUAGAAACUCACUUAAAUCGGUGGAGUGUUACGACAGCAGAGAGAAUUGUUGGAAGACUGUUUGCGCGAUGCCUGUUGCAAUGGAGUUUCACGACGCUGUGGAGUACAAAGAGAAGAUCUAUGUUUUACAGGGAGAAUUUUUUCUCUUCUACGAGCCACAAAAAGACUACUGGGGUUUUCUAACUCCCAUGACUGUGCCUAGGACCCAGGGCCUGGCAGCUGUAUACAAGGACUCAAUCUACUACAUAGCCGGAACCUGUGGAAAUCACCAGCGGAUGUUUACUGUAGAGGCAUAUGAUAUUGAGCUAAAUAAAUGGACUCGCAAGAAGGACUUUCCAUGUGAUCAGUCCAUAAAUCCAUACCUUAAACUGGUACUUUUCCAAAAUAAACUCCAUUUGUUUGUUCGAGCUACUCAAGUGACCGUUGAAGAACAUGUCUUCAGAACCAGCAGAAAAAAUUCCCUUUACCAAUACGACGAUGUCACUGACCAGUGGAUGAAAGUGUAUGAGACCCCAGAUCGGCUCUGGGACCUUGGCCGGCAUUUUGAAUGUGCGGUUGCUAAACUGUAUCCGCAGUGUCUUCAGAAAGUUCUUUAAUGAGGAGCAGGCCUCGGCGAGCUCACUGACACCUCAUACUUGAGGCAGUUUGUGUUAUAGGGACACAGAAUGCUGUCAGUAUUUAAGAAAGGUGGGAGUUUUGUACAUGGGAAUGGGUGUGCUUCCAGACUGUAGAGUGGGGAGGGGUUUAUUUUCAUCCUUGUGAUGUUUUCAUUUCAGUAAGGCAACAGGUAACAAAGUGCAAUUAUCAGCAUUUCCCCCCAAUAUGAUCAUAUUAAAAAAAAAAAAAAGUGAUCAUAUUGUUCAAGAGUUUGUGGUAAAUAAUCACUGAGACUCCAGAUAAACCAGGACAACUAUGCACUCCUAUGGGAGCAGCACGGGGCUUGCUGGAUAGGGACUUCCAAACUAGUUUGACGUGACUUUUCAUUUUAAAUACGGGUAAUAAUCUGAGGCAAUAUCACUAGGACUUGACAUUAGCUCUAACCUCUCUGAAACAGAGGAGCGCUAACUUAGUUCCUCAUUCUUAAUAUUUAAGUAUUUUUUUGUAUGUACUAUUUUCAGGUGUACUAAGAUUUAAAUGUGUUUUGUUAAUAGAGAAGAUUGAAGUAGAAACAGAUCAGUCUCAGAAAAAGCUUUUUGCCUCAUUGAUUCCUGUUCUGUAUGUAAUUUUUAAGUUAAGCUAAUGUAAAUUAGCAUUUUUCUGUUGACAUCUUUCAAGUGCUAACACUGUUUUUUUUUUG